GUAGGAUUUUCCCUCUUGGAGUAGCAGCUGGACGCAUGCGUGCGCCUCUCCCCCCCUCCUUCCACGACUUCUCCAUCCACAGCGCAGGGGCAGACAGGAUGAAUUUGUCGUGUUACCUGCUUAAAGGCGCCGCCGGUUGUGUGAGUAGUCUAAAGGUGACAGCUUUUUUCUACUGGAAAGUUUAAAAAAGGGAAAUACUCGACUGACGAGGAGGCAGAAGUAGCUAAAGGAUUAAUGAGGAGAAGAGUAUUUGAAUGUAAAGCGGGCAAUCAGAGAGCCGGAUUAGAUCCCACAGCGAGGAAUCGGAGCGUGUGUUGUUGUCAAAGAUGCGGAAACAAAAACAGGAGCAACAACAACCCGACUUUUAAUCCAUCGGGAUAUUUCCAUGCACUGGGUGCAGCAUGCCUUGGCUCAGGAGAAGGGUGAAAAUGUUCCAACUUGGAGUAACACCCAAACACCCUGAAGUUUUCUGUCUGUUGGGACUGUCUCUAUGCUAUGCAUCGGCUGAUUUCUACACCAUUCCGCGGAAGUAACGGGUUGCUUUGGACCAUUUGAAGUCAUAAUGUCAAAAGUCAUUCAGAAAAAGAACCACUGGAUCACCAAAGUGAACGACUGCGCGGUUAUCCGGGACGCGUGCGGGCAGCUGAAUGUGGAGCUGUGCGGCGGGGCAGAGAAUGGAGAGUUCCCAUAUAUCGGGCAAGUUAGAGAGGAUGCUGUGCUUUACCAGGACGGAAAAGUCUGCGAAGGGGAGCUGCUGCUGGAGGUCGAGGGGCUGCCUGUUUCUGGAUUACCCCUUUAUGACAUUUUCACUGUGAUUAACUGCUGCAAAGGUCCUGUCAGGUUGAAAACUGUGCGUCAAGGUCACAAGCUCAACAAGGACCUGAAGCACUACCUGAGCUUGAGGUUUCAGAAGUCUUCCCCCGACCAUGAGCUGCAAAAGACUAUCCGAGCCAAUCUGUAUCGCCAUGCUGUGCCUUGUACGACCCGCCCCCCUCGAGACGGAGAGGUCCCAGGGGUGGAUUACAACUUCCUGUCUGUGGAGGACUUCCUAGAACUUGAAGAGAGUGGCACACUUCUGGAAAUAGGAACAUAUGAAGGUAACUAUUAUGGGACCCCCAAGCCGCCAAGGCAGCCCAUCAUCGGGACAGUGAUUCUCAAUGAUGCAGGCUCCCAGCAGUCCACCCCAAAGCGCACCAAGUCCUACAAUGACAUGCAAAACGCCCGAGUAGUGCCUGCUGACGACGACGAUGACGACCAGGCCACGGAAAUGAACAACAGUUUUACAGGUAACCCUAACGACCAGGACGAGAGCCGCGGCGGCAUCCUCCGGCCAUACCCCGCGCGUGACAAUGCUCCAUCCUGUGGUCUGAACAAUGCGGCCACCUUCACCGCAGACAGUGGGCAGCAGACCCUCGCAGAACCGCAGGUCUCCCCGGAAGACCCGCUGGGGCAGCUGCCUGAGAACUGGGAGAUGGCCUACACUGAGAGCGGAGAACUUUACUUCAUAGACACGGCAAAGGCACACCACCAGGACAUGGCUGUGUAUUUUCAGAGCUUCCACAACACAAAGACCACAUCAUGGCUGGAUCCUCGGUGUAGAGACAAGGCCAGGCCUUUGGAAGAGUGUGAUGACGAUGAAGAAGGGAUACAUACGGAAGACCUGGAGACGGAUCUAGAGCUGCCUCCAGGAUGGGAAAGGAUAGAAGACCCAGUGUAUGGGGUGUACUAUGUAGAUCAUAUAAACAGGAAGACCCAGUAUGAGAACCCAGUCGUGGAGGCGCGGCGUCGCAAAAUCCUGGAGCAGCAACAGCCGCAGCCUCCAGAAGGUGAGCGGUAUAUUCGAGAGUGGAUAGAGGAGCAUUCUUCAGCAGCGGCCCCAUUAGCAAACUACGCUCCAAACCACCUGGAGACCUACCGGGACCCGCAGGUCCCACCAUCUCUACCUCCCGGCCCUGCAGGAGCCAAACGAGGGAAGCCUUUCUUCACAAGAAACCCAGCAGAGUUGAAAGGAACUUUCAUCAACACAAAGCUGAAGAAGAGUCGCCGUGGCUUCGGCUUCACUGUGGUUGGAGGCGACGAGCCAGAUGAGUUUCUGCAGAUCAAAAGUCUGGUGCUGGACGGACCUGCAGCCGUGGAUGGCAAGAUGGAGACAGGUGACGUGAUAGUCAGUGUGAAUGACACGAUUGUGCUGGGCUACACACACGCUCAGGUGGUGAAGAUCUUCCAAUCCAUCCCCAUUGGUUCCAUGGUGGACCUGGCCUUAUGCCGUGGCUACCCACUGCCCUUUGACCCCGAUGACCCCAACACCAGCCUGGUGACCUCAGUGGCUAUCUUGGACAAGGAGCCUAUCAUUGUCAACGGACAGGAGACGUUUGACUCGCCUUCCAACCAGGCCGGACCGGUUAACGGCAUGAGGGAGCCACGGCCGCACAGCCCCUCAGCUGAGGUGGCGUCUAACGGCUCGCACGGCUACUCCAGCGAUGUGGUCACUCUGGCCUCGUCCAUAGCCACCCAGCCCGAGCUGAUCACCAUCCACAUGGAAAAGGGCGACAAAGGAUUCGGCUUCACCAUUGCCGACAGCCUGACGGGAGGUGGGCAGAGAGUCAAGCAGAUAGUGGACUAUCCACGCUGCCGUGGCCUAAAGGAAGGGGAUAUUCUGAUGGAAGUUAACAAGAGAAAUGUCCAGAAUAUGAGCCACAAUCAGGUGGUGGACCUGCUGAGCAAAUGUCCCAGAGGCAGUGAGGUCACCAUGCUGGUGCAAAGAGGAGUGGUGCCAGCCAAGAGGAGUCCAAAGCUGGUGCACCAGUUAGAGCGGAAAGACAGCCAGAGUAGCUCACAGCACAGUGUGUGCAGCCAUCGCAGCACCCACACCGAUUCUCCCAGCCACCCACCCUCUGUCAUGCCCAGUGAGGCUGUGGUUCCCACUCCUGCUGCUCCCACCCAGCCUCUGCCGGGCCUGCCCCCUCAGGACCCCGCAGAUGGCAACCUCACCCUCCAGAAGAAGCCAGACCCCUUUAAGAUAUGGGCACAGUCGAGGAGCAUGUAUGAGAGCCGACUGCCAGAUUGCCAGGAGCAAGACAUUUUCCUUUGGCGGAAGGAUACAGGCUUCGGCUUCCGUAUCCUGGGAGGAAAUGAGCCUGGUGAGCCUAUCUACAUAGGGCACAUAGUAAAGUACGGGGCAGCAGAUGAGGAUGGGCGCCUGCGGUCGGGUGAUGAGCUCAUCUGUGUGGACGGCACGGCGGUGGUGGGCAAGUCUCACCAGCUGGUGGUGCAGCUGAUGCAGCAGGCCGCCAAACAGGGCCAUGUCAACCUCACAGUCAGACGCAAGACCCCCGGAUAUCCAGUGUCAAAAGGGGAAGGAGACGUUCCCCCGUCGCCGGCCUCCUCCCACCACAGCAGCACCCAGGCCCCCAGCCUGACGGAGGGCAAGCGGACCCCCCAGGGCAGCCAGAACUCUCUCAACACCGUCAGCUCUGGCAGCGGAUCUACCAGCGGCAUAGGCAGCGGCGGCGGAGGUGGCAGUGGGAGUGCGGUUGUGCCCGCCUCCCUGCAGCCAUACGAUGUGGAGAUCCAGCGAGGAGAGAACGAGGGCUUCGGUUUCGUCAUUGUGUCGUCCGUCUCAAGGCCUGACGCUGGCACUACCUUUGCUGGAAAUGCUUGUGUGGCCAUGCCCCACAAAAUAGGACGCAUCAUCGAGGGCAGCCCGGCGGACCGCUGCGGGAAGCUGAAAGUAGGGGACCGGAUACUGGCUGUUAACUGCUGCUCCAUCACCAACAAGUCACACUCUGACAUCGUCAACCUGAUCAAGGAAGCCGGGAAUACAGUCUCGCUCAGGAUUAUCCCGGGUGAUGAAUCUUCCAAUGCUUCUCUGCUGACUAAUGCUGAGAAGAUAGCUACCAUCACCACCACACACACACCUCAACAGUCCACAGAGUCCCGGAAUAAUUCAAAGUCAAAAGGAGCUCCUCCUCCUCCACCCACACAAUGUCAGACAACACAGGAUGCAGAGUUCUACUCUGUAGACCUCGAGCGGGACAGUAAAGGUUUUGGCUUCAGCCUGAGAGGAGGACGGGAGUACAACAUGGACCUGUAUGUGUUGAGACUAGCGGAGGAUGGAGCUGCUGUCAGAAAUGGCAAGAUGAGGGUCGGAGAUGAGAUCCUGGAGAUUAAUGGUGAGAGCACAAAAAACAUGAAGCAUUCACGUGCCAUAGAACUGAUCAAGAACGGUGGUCGGAGGGCGCGGCUCGUCCUGAAACGGGGGGAUGGAUCUGUACCUGAAUAUGACGGCAGCAGUGACGGGCACCCUCCCACGCCCGGGGCACAAAACACUCCGGAAGUGAGAACGCUGCCACCUAACAGCCGAUAUUACACCUCAUUGGAGUCCAGUUAUCCACCAGACCUUCACAAACCAUCACGCCAGGAGGAGGCUGUGCGUGGCCGAGAAAGGGACAGGGCUGCAUCAGAUCAGAUGGACUACCAAGGCCGGCAAUUUAACCCCCACCAUCAUCACACCUGGAAUAACAAUCACAGUCAAAGUACCCCCAGAGAGCAGUCUCCAGACAACAGUAACAGCAGUAGCAGUGGCAACAAGAAGAGCCGAGGCCGCAAAGUCAAGAAGUCCGAGUCGGAGAGCGGCAUCUCUAAACUCCUAAAGACUCUGAGGAAAGACAGCUCGGGGAAGAAGGCUGCAGCUACUGAGAAACUGAGGGGGCAAGAGCUCUCAAGCAGCAGUUCUACUCUGGACGGGAGGUUUUGCUUGCAGCGCCGCGGCUCCCUUGACCGCUCACCAACCCGAAAGUGCACCUCGUCUCCUGAUCGCCGGCGGGCCAAGUCGAUGGACCGCAGGGCAGGGCGAGGCAAUCGGGACCGUACACCUGAGAGGGAGUACGAUGAUGGAGGGUUCCUCGCAGUCACCCCUGAACACAAGUUCUAUGAGCGCCGGCUCCUCAAGGACUCACAGAUGGCUGGGCGAGUCAGGGAGGCCACAACCCCCGAGCGCACCAACAACAAUGGAGAUUCCUUGUCUCUUUCCAGGGGCCGUACAUAUGAUAGGGCCACAAAGAACGGCAACCUCUUGAGAGACUCUUCCUCAGAGAGGAUGGAGGAGAGAUAUCGGAUGAACGGGACACCCGAGAGGCGAUACAGAGUGGAGCGGGACUCUUCCCCUGACAGCAACUACAGCCGGGACGAGCUGAACUAUGCAGCAGCACCCAGACUGAAGGACUACUACAGCAUGAUGAAGAACAAUGCUGCAACCAACAAUGUUGCCUACAACAACACAGGCCAUAACAAAAACGCAGCCGGCCACAGCCCAAACCAGCUCCCUGAGCCCAAGAGAAGGCUGUACAAAGAAAGCCCCAAAGACCUCAGCAUCUAGAGCAGAGCAGAGAUCCCCCUCGCCACUCUCUCCUCUAUCUGUGCAAACUAUGUACCAUACACUGGAAUUGGACUUCGGAGGAUACCAACUCUUGUGCUUUAUUUGGUCGACUGGUUUAUUCAUGAAUUUGAUUGACUUAACUACUUGUGAUCCCAUCCAGAGAUUCAUAAAACAGCAGGAGUACAAUCCUUCUAUCAGUUCAUACUGGUUGUCAUUGUUAUAGUUAUUUUGAACAUAACAGAAGUUGUUGUACUAUAGUAAAGGUAUUGUAUGUGCCUGCAUUUAAAAUCAGUGAUAUUGCUUUUUGUAGGCAUUGCUGAAUCUAAAUAUUUGUUCCCUCAGAGGUAUGAAACAUGCUUCCGGUUGUGGUAACUUCUAACUACUAAGCUUGUUUUCAACUUGUUUUUAGUGUCUUCUCCAUUCCUGAAUUGCUUUACUGAACAAACUAUAGCACAAAACACUGAUGGGUCACAAGAACUGUGAAAGUCACGUUGGACUUAAGGCAAAAAUCUAAAUUUAGGAUCAGAUGGUAAAAGUAGAGUGAUUAUAUAAAUAAUAUAUGACUUUUUUGCAUCUGCUCACUAUUUAUUUAUAAUUUGGCACAUAUCUUGAGCAAGCGUCAUUAAAUCUUUAAGGACCAAGGUAGAAGUGCACAUUGUACCUGGGAAAGCAUGCUGUACCCUUACUUGUGUUGCAUCCUUGAAAUGUGUGACACCGGCAGCUCACCCUCCUUUGCCUAAAUACACCAACACACUACUGAAAUUAAGAAAAUUAGGCAACUAAUGUUACUUGAAUAUUCUGGCCCUUUGUUCCUCAGUGUGUACUAAUGUAGUGGGAAAGAAACCCGAGUCACUUUCAACUACAGGCAAAACUGUUUUGGUAGACUCUCUGGUGCGGGAAAAUGAGUGUUAAUUAAAUUUGUUGCUCAUCAAAAUUUCAAUGUAGUACUUUAGAUGAGUCUGCAUUAUUCCCAAAUACCAGCUUGAAGCUGCCAUAAAAUAUGAUUUUUCACAUACGGCAAAAAAAAAAAAAGUUUAAAACAAACUAAUGUAUAAAUUAUCCCUGUGCAAGAUGCAUGUGUAAAUCUAAGUGUAGUUUAACCACUUUAUAUGAUAGGUCUGAGCAAAAAAUAAUCCAUAAGGAACAUGCACUGUAAUCCCACGGUAAUUGUUGAGUCCUGUCCUUAUGUUGAUGAUACCUACGUUUGCGCACUGACCACCUCUUGGGUCCUGGAGCUGAUGUGGUUUGUUGUGUUGGUGAUAAAUUGAGAGUCCCGGCACAGGAGACGACCAAUCUGCCAUGCUGAGCCAUGCCGUCACGCCACUGGAGUCUGACUGCUGCUUUAUAAUGUGUUUUGUGUGUAUUCCGUUUUAUGUUUCAUUAGAGAACUAAAAAUAUAUUGGAUAAACCACAACAAAUGCAUUGUUUGAUCACUGUCGCCAUGGUACUGUAUUAACAAAAAACUAGAAGAAAAAAAAACAAACACACUUAAGAAGUUAACCUGUUGGCCAUCACCUGUAAAGAAUUUUAACUAUUAGGAACCUGUCAAGGAAUAAAAUGUUGCCUUUUUCUUGUACAAAAGAGAAAUUUAUGAAAAACCUCUUCAGUGAGGAAUGUGAUAUUGUGUUUAUAUCUCUGAAAUGGACCUGAUGAUUUAUGGGAAAUAUGUUGAUUUACUCUGGAUCAGGUAUGUAAAGACAUUUUAAAAUGAAAGACUGUAUUUGGUCAAUCAGAAACUCUUUGAUGGUUUGAAUCUCUCUUGAUGGUUAGCCUGCCUUUGUAUUAUAAAGCACUUGUAUGCAGUCUGUGUUCUUCAAGCAUUAGUUCUUGCAAUGUGCUCCGACAUAAUGCUGUCUCUGUGUUGAUAAAAGCAGUACAUGUAUAUGGGCCAACCUUUUUUAUAAAACUAUGCAUAUAUAAAUACUACAUUGUUCAUAGCUUUAUUUGACCCAUGAAGCUAUACAUAACAUUAGUCUAAGUACAAGUAGAUGUGGACUUAUCCAGCUUCUUUCCUUGAGAUGGAUUACAAUGUAUAUGUAGCUAUCAAAAGAAGUCUGUGAAUGCUAUUUUUAUUAUCAAAUAAAGUUUUCCAUACAAAUUCAAAA